AAUCGAGGGGUCGCGUACCCGUCGCAAAGACAGCUUAUGUGGCUUCGUAAUUUAAGAACGAAAGAGCAUAUGUGGCGGACUCGAGAAUCCGAAACUCUCAUUGCACAGAGCUACAACCGUCGAAACUAGUCAACCACCUAACACAAGUCUCCCCGUUUCGCCGGUGGGCUGCCGCUGACGGUAGCCGUCCAACCUCCACUGCAACAGUUGGCUGUCUCCCCAGCAAGCAUUACACGGGCUACCGGUGGCGAUCCGGGAUAUUGUUCUACGCCCCUGACUUCCUCCGUCGGCUAAAACUUUGAAUCCUUCUCCGUUUCUGGGGACUCAGAGAAGGGAAGUACACAAGGAUGACCAAACUUUUGUACUGAUAUUUGUUAGGCUCUUAAGAUCUCUUCAUCUUUGUUUCAGCACCAUUCGAGAUUCUCUACCUUAAUUCGCUGGUCAAUGAGAUCUGUUCUUCCUGUGAGGGAGGACUGAAUUGUGAAAUUGUGCCUUCUUCUGGGUGCUUGUUGGGGUUGCUUCAAGUUUUGAUUGAAGAACUAUCUGUUAGCUGUUCCCUUAGUUUGAUUUCCUAGUUCUGGUUCUGGGUUGUUUUCUGAGGCGCCAUCCAGAAACUGUAUCUCAACUCAAAUAUAACUUGUUGGUUCCUAUAAUAUAGGAGGUUCCAUCAUCAUUUAGACAUUUCACGGGGCUCUACUUUGGUGGUCAUAAUUUGAGCCGUUACAGUGCUGACCUUAGAGUCUUUGCAUUGUAUGCUCUUUACAAAUUCUUAGGGCUGCAUACCAAAAUCUUGGCCGAAACAGAUGGAGCUUGCCAGAGAAGAGCCCAUUGCCAAUGGGGAUGUAGGGGAAAUCGAUAGAGAACCCACUGUUGACAGUCUUCCUCAUGAAAAUCCUGCUGCUCUAGCUCGUCUCCCUCGCAUGGUGAGGCAAAAAGCUUAUAUAUUUGAUGGUCAUGGGAAUUACUAUAAUAAAGAGUGGGUUAUAACCGAAGGUACAGGUCAGGAGUUCUGUUGGUACCAUGUUGAACUCCCCAGAAGUAACCAGAAACUAACUUCAUCAGCACAAUGGCUCAUUGAUCUUCUAUGCCCUCCGCUGAAACUCCAAGAUAUUUUAUCACUAGUUAGCAACGGACCCUUCUGUGGAUUUGUUGAUGGGGCACUUGUGUUCAGAGUUAAUUCUUCUGGCACCCCUUCGAGCAACUUUACAUUCCGAUUGGCAGCUAGAGUUACUGAAAAUUCGGUCAUUACUGUAUCAUUAGGCCAUAUUCCUAGGGUAGGAUUCUCACCAACGAGUCAAUCUCUUCUUUCAGAGAUUCCUAGUGUGGAGUCUCCUUAUCGUAGAGGAACAAAUAAGGAAGCAGCUGGAACUUUGAUCAAGGAACAUGUUCUUGAGUUCCUUUUAACUAUGAACCAUUCUGAGGAGGCUGAUAAUCCUGUUCCAAAAACAGUCUCAAACCUGGUUGUUCAUAUUCUUGACACCCACGUCGAUCACCUUCAAGAUACUGUAACUAAACUAGAGAUGGAGUUGGAAGCUGUGGAGCUUGACAUGGAUAAAGGUAGCUUUGCUUUGAAGAAACAAAUGCUAGAUGAUAGAAGGUUCCCAAAAAUGCACCUUAAUCUCCAACGUUUGCUUCAGGUGAUUGCGCAUGGGGAGCAAGUACUUCCUCGUGUGAAGGAAAAGUGUUCAACAAAAGGGUGGUUUGCCAGCCAAGACAUUAAUGCCUCGGAAGAGUUGAUUGGAAGAUUGAGGAGGCUAAAAGAGAAUGUGGGGUUCAUAGCGAAUCGUGUAACGGCGAUUCAGGCAGGUCUUGACAGUUGGCAAGCUGAGCAAAUCAAUCGGAAACUGUACUAUCUCUCAUUCCUUUCCAUUGUAUUUCUUCCGCUGUCAAUCAUCACUGGAGUAUUUGGGAUGAAUGUUGGAGGAGUACCAUGGACAGGCCAAGAUGACCCGGAAUUAGAAGAUGGUUUUCAGAAUGUGAUACUUCUGUGUCUGGGAAUGCUAUUGCUUGUGCUACUGUGCUUUCUCUUCCCGUCUGCUUGGGCUUCUUUUGCUUCUUGGAGGCAGAGAAUAGGCAUGAAAAGAAGCUGGUCGAUCAACAGGAAAUCAUUUCUCAAGAGAACCAUCGGGUUACAAGAAAGAAAAGGCUACUUGCGCAUUUGAUUCAGGAAAGUGAUCAUACAUAUUGCUAACUCGACUUUUUUAUUAAUGUCCCUGAGUAUUCAUCAAGAGUUUAGCAAAGAAGCAAUGUACGUAAGAAUAUAGCAAAUUAGCGUAGUUGCUGCCUGCAUUGGGCCAUUCCGACUGUUUUCUGAUGACUUUGGGUUCAUUGUUGUAAGUUGGUUGUCCCUGGCGUCCCUUUUCGCUGGCAUACUUGAGUCUUGAGAGCGGUGUAUAGAUGAUUAUAUUUGAUGCGAAUGUAUUUCUUUUCUUUGGGUGGCAGAUGUUGCUUGUACUUUUUCAGUUUUUGCAGCCGACUUCAACUGAUGAUUUCUUCACCGAAAUCAAAAUGCGAGCUAAAAGUGGAUUCGUUCUACUUUUCUGUGUUGGCAUUUGUGGCAAAUAGUGUUGAAAUUUAAUGUUUCAAACAAGA